CAGGUCAGCAUGACCUAUACCGUCGAUGACAGCACUCUGGAGAUCACGGUACGGGUGCCUGCUUCCUAUCCGCUGUCCCUGCCGACGAUCGAGUCGAUGAAGCGCGUGGCGGUCACCGAGAAGCGCUGGCGCAGCUGGCUGGUGGCCGCGCAAGCGCAAAUGUCGCGCAACCGGCGCCUCGACGCCGUCUGCGCACAGCUGCUGGGCAAUGUGGGCGCGCAUUUCGCCGGCGUCGAGGACUGUGCGAUCUGCUACUCGGCAGUCGGCGCGCUGGACAACAGCCUGCCGACAAAGCAGUGCAAGACAUGCAAGCACAAGUUCCACCGCAUGUGUCUGUUCAAGUGGUUCAGCACCAGCAACCAGAGCUCGUGCCCGCUGUGCCGCAACCUGUUCUAG